AUGUUGUAUUCUACGUUCCAAAUUACCAGUUUUCAACCAUGAAUACCGAUGAUGCAACCAUGAGGAGAAGUAUUGCCAGAAAAUCUUUCCUUCAACGAGAAAACAAAACUUUUAAUUUUUAUAGUUCUGGAUUGAGAAGUUGGUCUGCUGAAACACAUUAUUCUGUCCUGGGAGUAGAUUAUGAAGCUACACAGGAGCAAAUCAGAACUGCCUAUAUUCGGCUCUCCAAGGAGUUCCACCCCGACUAUAAUGCAGGCGUUGAUGAUGCUAAAAUGGAGACUAUUCAUAACAAGUUUGUCAAGAUUAAUGCCGCGUACAGUGUUCUGGGUAACAAAAAGCAAAGACGAAUGUAUGACCUUGAAGUUCUAAUGCAUGAAGAUCCCAGGUGGAAGGGUGGCGAUGAAAUCAAAACUGACUCUCCACAUCAUUUCAACACACGACCAAUGUCUUUCGAGGAACGUGCUGCUGCGAUGGGGUUUAGAAAACAGGAUCCUAAUUUCUACGCUAAGCACGGGAACUACCACCGAAAUGUUGUUGUCUGGUGUAUGGUAUUUAUAGCAGUUGGGGUUCUGGUACAGGGGACUGCUAUCCUCGCAUUAUAUAAAAGACACUCAACACAGAUGGAUUUAAACUCCGCUAACAAUACAACACUUCUUAUAGCAGCUAGAGCUAACUCCAGAAACUUUACGACGGUGCAGGAGCAGUUGAAUAGUUUAAACAUAGCUCAGCCAAUUCAAAACCAGGACAGACGAGACACUGAAGAUCUAGAUAUCAAGUCAGCUUAAACAUUAAACUUGGCGUUGGCUGAAACUGUUUCGAGUAGUUUCUGGAGGGUCAAUAAACAUAAGAAGAAGCUCACAAAACGUCUUUUCAAUUCAAUUUCAGUGUUUAUUCAAAACUUUUUAGUCUUAAAAACAUGUGUAUCGCAAUUCAGUUUAAACGGGACAGAACUUAAAACUUUUAUCUGUUCUGAAGGUACCAAAAAUAAUCGAUAAAAUUUUGGAAAUCCCAACGUUACAGGGUUGAGAUUAAGAUUGAGAUACAUGAAGAGAUUAAUUUACAUUCUUAUUGUGAAAUUAUUAGGGCAGGAGGGGGGGGGGGGGGUAGUAUGCUUACAGCUCUAUAUGUUCACUCGCCUAAAUUCAUUAGACCAAACUUUUGUUGACAAUUUUCUGUAAAAUCGUGAAACAUUAACCUUGUAUGCCCGGGAACACAUUUAUCACAUUCACAGGAUGCCCCCCUUCUUAUGGUUCUGAUUUUCUGGUCGCCCUGUUAUCCAAUUUAAACGAUGAUAAUUUUUUUUGUUAAAUUGUAAAUGUAAAUUAUUUUUGUAAAUAAAACUUAUUGAAUACA